AUGAAUUCCGAGGAGCAUCAACAACAUGAAUGGGAGCAGUCCAGACUGAUAUUGUCCCAUGUUCUCACGAACAUCGAUUCCGCUAAUAUUCUUGGCAAUCUAAGGGACCUCAUCGAGGUUAAUAUUCUCCGGCAUCGACGCCUCUUUGUGGCGACACUACUUUCACUACAGUGCGAAAAUGAUAAAGAUUCUGCAUUUGCAGGACUUGUGAAACUAAUUGACCACUAUCUUCCUUCUAUUGGAUUUUUAACAGGUAGAGAAUGUGUGUUACGGCUCAUUGAUGCCGUUUACCGAAGUGAUAAAAAGGUUUACUUCAAUAUGGCUUCCCUUCUUUCUUUCUUGAUCAUUGAUGAAGUCAUUGAUGAAGGUACCGCGUUUGCGCUAAUAUACUUUCUCCUAAGAAAUAAAACAGAUGACAACAUUAUUCUUAUCUGCCAUAUCUUAUGUCUAUUAGGUCAGCAACUCCAGGCCUUUGACAAGGAGUCUGAGGCUGAUAUUGCUGAAAAAUUAAGGCUAAUAUAUCAAGAUAGAUAUACGCAAAAGCACACUUAUAAAGCCUUGAACAGACUGUUUGACACUAGACGUCGCUCUUACAGAAAUGUGAUCAAAAAUGUCAAUAUACCGACAGUCGAAAAUAACGUUCAUGAAGUUGUGGUUGACUUUUCAAAUGACCAUCCAGCAAUGGACUUAGAUGGGUUCCAUUUGGAUGAUAAAUAUGAGUUAAUAAACGAACAAUAUGAAGAAAUUAAGAGCGAAAUUAUCAAGGAGCUCCUCGAGUCAAAAGAUGUUAAAAACUCGUUAAAUGAUAUGACAGAUUCAGAAAACACAGAAUUCAAGAAGAAGGUAUAUCUUAUACUCAAGGGCUCGCUUUCUGGUGAUGAGGCAGCCCACAAACUUUUGCAGUUGAGAUUGAAUGAUGCUAAGAAAAAUGAAGUUGCAGAUACCAUUACAAAGGCCUGUGCACAGGAGCCGACUUAUUCAAAAUUUUACGGAAUCUUAACUGAGCGUCUAACCUCAUUUCACGUAUCAUGGCAGCAUAGUUUUUCAGCAGUAUUCAAAGAGAAUUACCAAACUAUUGCAGACAAUGAUCCUUCAAAUAUUCGUAAUCUUGGAAAAUUUUGGGGCCAUGCACUUGCAACCGAGUGCAUCCCAUUCGAAGUAUUUGAAAUAGUGCACAUGAAUGAAAGGGACAGCAAUGCAGCUAAUAGGGUGUUUUUGAAGUUUCUCUUUCAAGAGAUGGUUGUCAAUCUCGGCAUCGAUGCACUAAAAAAAAAAUUGGAGGCAGUCGAACUGCAGCCUUUUUUGAGUAAUCUCUUUCCUCGGGAAGCCCAGGACGAUAUAAUGUUUUCUAUCAAUUAUUUCACUGCAAUCGGAUUAGGUGCUCUAACUGACAAUAUGAGGAACAUUUUACAACAGGCAGAGGAAGAACAGAGAAAAAGGUAUUCAAAUGCUAUCAAAAACAGUGAAGUUUCAGAAAGGGACAAUCCAAGAGUACCUAGAAUGCAUCCCGACAGAUUACGUAGGAACAGAUCGAGAUCUCCGAUUUCUCGUCGUAAUAGAUCAAGAACACCGCCCAGAAGGCGUCAAUAA